AAGGCGGCAAAGGCUUUAAUCUCGGACUAAUUCAGCUGCUUUUGAAGUGAAAAUUUCUACCAGUUCGUACUUCGGGAGUACAGAGCGAGGACCUGCAGACAGACGCACUCAAGGCGCAGCGCUCAUGGUGCAAGACGCAGACGCGGAUCUGCGAUAACCUCGCACGGUCUCCUUCCUUCCAGCUGCCUCGCCUUGCUUCUUCUUUUACAACCAGGAUUACUUUAUUAUUGAACCGUUUUACGAUCCUGAUUUUUUUUUUCUUCCCCCACAGAGAAAGAGGCUCGAUGCUUUUUUGAUUUUUCUUAAUGAAUCUGACGAAAGCAUCGCCGUUUCAUUUCCUGACAAUUGGGACAUGAUCACGUCGCCCUCGGCGUCUGCCCUGAAAAAUAGUGAUAUUUGUGUAGCCUGGGAAAGCAGCAGUUCUCGGAAUAGCAGCUCAGCGAGCAACAACAAGCCUUUUCUCCACUCCGCACCCCCGUCUGAUCCACUACGGCAAGCUAACCGACUUCCCAUCAAGGUUUUGAAAAUGCUUACCGCACGGUCGGGACACAUUUUGCACCCGGAGUAUCUGCAGCCUUUGCCUUCUACCCCGAUUAGUCCCAUAGAGCUAGAUGCCAAGAAAAGUCCGUUGGCUCUGCUGGCGCAGACCUGCUCUCAGAUCGGCAAACCGGACCCGCCACCCACCUCCAAAUUAUCCUCCGUCACAUCAAAUGGAUCUAGUGAGAAGGAAUCUAAAUCUGGUCCUUUGAAAUUGAGUGACAUCGGUGUGGAUGACAAAUCUAGCUUCAAACCUUAUUCUAAGCCUUCAGAUAAGAAGGACUCGUCUUCGGGCGUCUCAAGCGGAGAGAAGUCUGGUUUCCGAGUGCCGAGCGCCACCUGCCAGCCGUUUACGCCGCGGACAGGCAGCCCCAACUCCAGCACUUCUGCCUCCCCCAUGCCAUCAGAGGGGAAAUGUGGGGAAAGGGAUGACAAGAAAGAGUCUGAUUGUAAUAAAAAUGGCACUACGGACGGGUCUGGCACCACUAGCCACAGCAGGAUAAGCGUGAGUUGUGGUGGAAUUAACGUGGAGGUCAACCAACACCAGGAGACGACGCCUGGCACUAAAACCACCUCCUCCUCGGAGUCCUCAUCUGUAACUUCUGUAUCCUCCGCAUCCGUUCUCGGGUCAGGACUUGUGGCGCCGGUUUCUCCUUACAAACCGGGGCAGACAGUUUUCCCUUUGCCUCCUGCCGGUAUGACCUACCCAGGUAGCUUGGCUGGGGCCUAUGCUGGUUACCCUCAACACUUCCUGCCCCACGGAGGGAGCUUGGUAAACGCACAGUUGGCCAGUUCACUGGGCUGCAGUAAGGCUGGAUCCAGCCCUCUGGCUGGAGCCUCUCCACCGUCCAUCAUGUCAGCCAGCCUGUGCAGAGACCCUUACUGCCUCAGUUACCAUUGUGCCAGUCACUUAGCGGGCGCAGCCAGUGCGUCCUGCACGCACGACUCUGCAGCUGCAGCAGCGGCCGCUAACGCCCUCAAAUCCAGCUACCCACUAAUGUACCCGACACACCCCAUGCAUGGCGUCCAUUCCUCGGCGCCAUCAUUUAGCGGACACCCCCUGUACCCAUACGGUUUCAUGCUCCCCAACGACCCUCUCCCCCAUGUUUGUAAUUGGGUGUCGGCAAAUGGACCGUGCGACAAGCGUUUCUCCUCAUCAGAAGAGCUCCUGAAUCACCUGAGGACUCACACUGCUUUUACCGGGGCGGAGAAGUUGAUAUCUGGUUAUCCCGGGUCUUCAUCACUGGCCAGCGCUGCAGCAGCGGCCAUGGCCUGCCAUAUGCACAUGCCACCUUCAGGUGCCCCCGGGAGCCCCGGAACUUUGGCUCUACGGAGCCCGCAUCACGCGUUAGGACUCAGCAGCCGCUACCAUCCGUACUCCAAAAGUCCCCUGCCAACCCCCGGUGCCCCUGUUCCCGUCCCCGCUGCCACCGGCCCUUACUACUCUCCUUAUGCACUGUAUGGCCAGAGACUCACCACAGCAUCAGCGCUUGGAUACCAGUGAGGAAAAAAGAGACUUUGAAAAGUUUAUAGUACUAAGAAUGCAAAUAUAAAGACUUUUAUAAUAACAGUGCUAAACUUAUGGGCGGGAUCCGUGGACUUCAACUGUAUUUAUUUAUAUGUCGGCUUAAAAGCAGGCGAUAAUAGCUGCAAAUGGAAAAUAUUUGAGCAACUCAAAAAGUGCAUUAUGUUGAAACUGAACUCUAUAGGUAAAAAUGAAAACACACACAUGUUAGAGUACUAAUUAAAGUAGGGGUCCUCAUUUCGAUGUUAAUUUGAAAAUUGCUAUGAUUGUAUUUGUUCUUAUUUAAUGUCUCAUUGAGAAGAAAAAUAAUUUACAUGCAUGUUUGUUUCUUAAAUUUCAGAAAUUGUCCACAUUUUAAAUUGCCGUUAUUUUUCAGGUGUAACACCUUGGAAAGAGAAUUGGUAUUUUUUUGUAUGUAUUCUGGAAAAAAUAAGAAACAAUUCUGUUCCAUAUCUCCGUGUGCCUCAUUUUCUGAACAUCACUCAGUUGGAUUUAUAGUCCACUGACAGUUUUUAAAAAUCGGUGUGUUAAAUUAAUGGGGUUACGAAAACCUCAUGGGUCAUUUACGCAACACAGGCCUAUAGAUUUUCCAGGCUGUCAUACUUUUUCAAUUCAUUGCAGUCUUAUAAGAAGUCAGUUUGACGAUGUGCUGACAUAAUGUGCAUCUUUCUUUCUUUUUCUCUUUAUUAGUUUAUAUACCAAAUAACUGAGAAGCUUUAUCAGAGCACACGUGUUAUAAAGUUUAAAUUAAAUGCAACUUGGAUGAGAGUGGUUGUGUGUGUGAGUGUGUGAGAAAGAGAGAGUGUGUGUGUGAGUUAAACAAGCUUUAUAAAGUGAAUUCGUGUGAGAGAAUUUAGUUUUCUGGUGGGUGAAUUUUGUCAGUAAGUUGUUUGAGAUCUGAUUUGGCAGGUGUUGCUACUUUGCGUGCGUAAAAAGUAAAAUUUGUGAAUUGCGCAAGAGAAAAAGUUGCACAAGGACAGCUGGCUUUCUCUAUUUUUUUUAAUCAUAAGCACAGAUAUGUGUUUUAAAUUGGUAAAAUUAAAAUGUCAACAACAAAAAGAAAAAAAAAAUCAAAUUUACAACCUUAACAGAAAGACGCACAUUGACCUGAAUAAUUUACUUUCGGUUUUAAUGCACUAUGGAAUUUUUUUUACAAGCGUCUUCGACCGGUGUGUCUUUUAUUUUUUUAUUUAUAAUAAAGCUAUAGGCUGCACUAGGGUGAUAUUUCGGUGGAGGCCAUUCACUGGUUUAUAUAGAAAAUUUUAUUUUUCAUCAUCACCAGGAUGCUCUUAUUUAAUCUGCAUUUGAUAAUCUCAUCCACCUGUAAAUCUAAUGUACACAGCACUACAUUUGUUAUUAAAAAAAAGAUCUUGUGCAAA